UCCGACUAGCUUAGCCAGUCACAGACUGAGCUCAAACUCAAACAUGUAACAGAUAAUCAAGCUGGGGUUUUUUCUUGAUAAUGUUUGUUGCUAAAUUCAUAUCAUGACCUGGUGAGUGUCUGUUGGCUUUUUAUGGAGUGAUCUUUUAUACUGGCAGACAUUGGUUGUACUGAUAUUUAAGCAGCCACGGUAUACGUGUGUGUGCGCACAUACAUAUGUCCAUGUAUACGAAUACACAUGCAGAGCAGCCUGUUUGUCUCUGUUGACUAUUGUUUUGUAGUUACAGUUCCAAGGAAGAUAUGUAUCACUUACUGUGGAAGUGUCUGUUAGGAGCCAUGCUGCAGACCCACCCUAACUCUAUCAUGCUUAAACUGUUAAGCAGUGUAAUAAUGAACCUGUCUAAGCACACACACACACACACUUUAAUUUUUUGUUACAAAGCUGUUGUGUCAUUGUUCUUCUCACUGGGAUGGCUCUUGUAAGUCUGCCUGAUUGUGUGCUUGUUUGAUUGCUUGGAAAUAUUUUCCUGUUAAGCACUUCUUAAAUGUCUGAGGAAGACGGUGCACACAGCUAGUUAUGACAUAAGGGAUUAUUUUAUGGAAUCUUGGUCAUAUAAUGAGGUGGCACCCUGUCAAAGUACAACUCCCUGUAUCUAUAAAUAUCUUUGUGGUUCAUGUCCUGCCCCUGCUCUGCAUGCAGCUGGUUUGUGUAACAGGGGUAGGUUUGUGUUUGGAUCGCUCAUCACUUCCUGUCUCCAGUUAAAGGGGCUUUGUUGUAAGCCUGCACUGAUUACCAGUGGACCUUACUGUUGAAAUGCCAAUCAGCCACCUCAGAUAAGCUUACAGCAUGGAACUGGCAAGCUGACAUGCUACCAGGGAGUGAUCCUGAGAUGCAAAAUCCUGUAGCAAGAAAAAUAAAACUGAGGAGGGAGUUCAGUGAUUGGAAAAGGAACACUAGUUUCCUUUGGACUCUCACAGCAACUACAGUCGUAGUGGUAAUCAUUGUGUCUGCUGGAUUUGAAAAGUUGCAGUUACAGUCAGUGAUACUGAAAUACAGCUACAGAAAUGAGGGCUCCAGAAGAAAACCCUCAAGCCAUACCUAAUCAAUCUGACACUGUUGAAAUCACUUGUAGUUCUAAAAAGUUUUGGAAUCCAUGCAGUAAAUGGCUUCAGCCAGCAGCCGAGAUCCAGUUGCAAUGGCUGCGAUGUAUUCCGUUGAGGCAAUUGAUCCUGUCAAAAUUGCAUCCACAGUUGCUUUUUUGCCACUGACUGGCUCAGACUGUUAAACCAGGUGUCUGACAACAUCAUGGAGAGGAUCCAUUUUUAACCAGAAACAGAAGUCUCGCUCAAGGACAAUUCUCACUUUGAAAUCUCGUGAGACGUGAGUAGUUGCAAGAAGAUGCCAGUAGAAACGUGAGUCAGAGAUGGAGGGAGGAGUUUGUUGUGUUGGAGUAAUGUUUAGAAAUAAAGUCUUGCUAGCAGUUUCUCUAUGUACAAAAAAAACUCCCCUCCCUUGUUUUCCACCAGCUUUUCCUGCAACAACUCAUCUACUGCACAGAUUCCAAAACCUUUUGGACCUACUGGUCAUUUCAACACCAAAAUAUGUGAAAAAAGGUUUAAAAAUACCAUAAUUUAAUUUGCUAUUAGAUGGCCACUAUAUAUGUGGCAGUUUAGCUUUUAGCCUCCUACCAAUUAAAGGUAUUGGCAGGAACUAACUUGAUCUGUAUGAAAUACACUAUAACCUACACAGAAAAACACAGUGAGAUUGUGUGUUUGGUUUUUCAGCCUUAGUGAUACUGAGCAUCUCUAAUGAAUGCUCAACAACAAUUAGCCAAUGAGACACAUGGAUGCGUGCAUUACCUGUCUUCCACGUGCAUUUGAAUAGAGGGGAAUGGACAAUGAAAGUGUGACUUGACCAUCAACUCCGUUUGUCAGCUCCUGUGCUCCUGAAUUGGUCAAUUUAACCAGCCAAUUCAAUUCUUACCGUAGGAUGUAAAGUAACUUCCCAUUGGUAGUUUUCUUGCUGCUUGCUCACCAGGCACGGUCAAAUAUCCACCGACGGCACAAUGACUUUACACAAAUGAAAAUACCAUCCUGGUUAAAUGCAGCUCUGUCUUACCCUCUGACUGAUUUCUUAUGCACCACACGGGGAUGUAUGCUGUCUGAACAAGGCCUGGUGUAGACUGGGACCUGAUUUGGCGCGCUUCAGUUAAAUGUCGGUCAGCUCGCCCUAAUAUAACCCCCUCUGUUCCUGCGUCAGAGUGGGCCAGUGAGGCCCGGGGGAGAGAUGUAGGAUUGAUUUUUUUUUUUUUGGAGGAUCGAUUCAGCGCUGGCACUACAUGGACUCUCUCUGGUGCAUUUGGGCAGGGAGAAGAAGUUUCACUGUGGUUUGUGCAUUCCUGCUGUGCUAGUGUCUCCUGAGAGAGCCACUUUUAUGUUUUCGAAAACACCCAGAUGAACUCUGAAAGUUUUUCUUCACAGAUGCGACAUCUGAUUGGUUCUGCUAAUUAGGGAAAGUUUUGGUUGCAUCUAGAUGUGUCUACUUCAUCUCAAGGGUCUUUACUCAGGCCUAGUUUUCCAUAGGACUUCCUCUCUGGGUUGGAUAAAUAUACCAGUUAGUGUUUUACACCCCUCCCCCUGGUGAUUAUGCCCCUGUUCAGAUCAAUAUAUAGCCUCUGUGUGUUUGCGUGUGUGUUUUACAUGAGAGGGAACGGCAGAGAGUACUUUGUGCGCAGAAUAAAUAUUGAUACAAACCAAAGCAACGGUCCAAUUGAUCUGUGUGAAUGUAACUGGAGCAGUGCUGUUCUCCAUGCUAAAUUUGUCUACACACUGAAUGUGGAUGCUACUUUCUGAACUUGGUCCCCAGAAAGUGACAGUCACAGGAAAGGCUGGAGACAACCUGUCGGCAAGGACACUUGACUGGUUUUUGUGGAUGAGUGAGGCUGCUGGUCCGACCGGAGUGCUCUCAGAGGGGGAGGAUAGGUCAUGAGUCAGUGACUGUGAGGACGAGGCCAAGGAAGAAGAACUGGGGAGACUUUUGCAGGGCUAAUGUGUGACAGGAAGAGCUCCAGAAGGCAUGCAGGGAAGAGGGAGUCAUCCUCACGCUCAAGUGAAUCAGGAUCGCGCUCGGCAGAUGCUGCAGCACCAGAGGUACCCAUAGUCAUCCCAGAUGUGAAGGAGUUUCUUGCCAAAGCCAAAGAGGAUUUCCUGAAGAAAUGGGAGAAUCCAGCACAGCAAACUGCAGCAUUGGACCACUUUGAGCGUUUGAAGACCUUAGGCACUGGUUCGUUUGGUCGAGUCAUGCUGGUGAAACACAAAGAGUCGGGCCAGCAUUUUGCCAUGAAAAUACUCGACAAACAGAAGGUAGUCAAGCUGAAGCAGAUAGAACACACGCUGAACGAGAAACGUAUCCUGCAAGCUGUGAGCUUUCCCUUUCUGGUGCGACUGGAGCACUCUUUUAAGGACAACAGUAAUCUGUAUAUGAUAAUGGAGUAUGUACCCGGGGGCGAAAUGUUCUCACACUUAAGGAGAAUCGGUAGAUUCAGUGAACCACACGCCCGCUUCUACGCAGCCCAGAUUGUACUGACCUUUGAAUACCUUCACUCGCUGGAUCUCAUCUACCGAGAUCUUAAGCCGGAGAACCUGCUCAUCGACCAGCAAGGUUACAUACAGGUAACAGAUUUUGGAUUUGCGAAAAGGGUGAAGGGCCGAACCUGGACGCUUUGCGGGACCCCAGAGUAUUUGGCACCAGAGAUCAUCCUCAGUAAGGGUUACAAUAAAGCAGUGGACUGGUGGGCUCUGGGAGUGCUGAUAUAUGAGAUGGCUGCUGGUUACCCCCCCUUCUUUGCAGACCAGCCUAUUCAGAUUUACGAGAAGAUUGUAUCAGGGAAGGUUCGCUUUCCCUCCCACUUCAGCUCGGACCUGAAGGACCUGUUGAGAAAUUUGCUGCAGGUGGACCUGACCAAGCGCUUUGGCAACCUCAGGAAUGGAGUCAAUGAUAUCAAGGGCCACAAGUGGUUUGCCACCACUGAUUGGAUUGCCAUCUACCAGAGGAAGGUGGAAGCACCCUUCAUUCCUAAGUGCAAAGGCCCUGGUGACACAAGCAACUUUGAUGACUACGAGGAAGAAGAAAUCAGAGUCUCCUUCACAGAGAAGUGUGGAAAGGAGUUUGCUGAGUUCUAGAUUCCAACCACGAGUAGCGGACAGAGAGACAGGGAUUUAGAAAAGUAAAAGGGGGUCAGAAGGAAGGAAGCGCUAGGGUGGACUGCUAACUUGCUUAUUUGUAAUGACGACAACAAUGUAACCCCCCCCCCCUCCCCCCCUCCCCAAUGGAAAGGUAGGCAGAGUGGAGAAAGAUCCAACAGAACCAGCAGUGUUGCCUUUUCUGAUUGUUUGUCAAUGUUACCUAUUCAUUUUAUUUAUCCCUCUUGUGUUUGUGGCAGGGGCUCGAGGAGAUCAGGCAUAGGUUGUGGCUGUCCAGCUGUACUUGUAUCUUUCUGAUGGUGUAAUGACAUGUUUUCAGUCUUUGCAGGUUGAGGCAUUGUUUUUUUUUUUUUUUGUAAAGGUACUGAAUCUGCUAGGCUCCUUUUUGAACGGGUCCUCUAAAAGCUUCUCAAAGAGGGAUUGUUGUAUCUUGUUACCCUGGUCCACCCCCCCCCAUAUCUCUCUAUCCAGAAACUGUCCAAGCAAUACCAAGUCCAACAGAUGUGCCUAUCAUAAUGCCAACUGGUUGGAAAAGUGUGUCGAAAGCAUUGGUGCAGAGCUUUGGCCAUGGUGGCAUCAGCCCUUGUGCCCGUUUGGUUUAAAGCUUGAAAACUCUCUGCACCUGCCUUUGUCUGCUCAAUGUGGCAUGGUUAUUGGGUAGAUGAUGCACUCGCUGCUUGCAGCUGAAGCAGUGGUGACCUCUUUGAUCAGAGUGAAAAGGAUUUAUCAAAGUAAACUUCAUCUAGGUCUUACUCCCUGAGAAAUGGUAAACAUGAGCUCUGCAUUUAAGUCUGUCUUUCUCUUAGCUGAAUUUAUUAGAGCAUUUUAAGAAUCCUAUUGGUGAUCAUUUUGUCCUUUUUAUGUCAAUAUCUGUGCUUGUGUGUUAGUUAGUGCUCAAGGGUGGGUUUAAAAAGCUGUGAUUUAGCAGCAACUAACAUUGUGGUCACACUCCUGACUGUUGUUUAUUUAAUUCAUAGUGUGUACACACGAACACACACCAUUUUUUCCACUUUGUCUCAUAGACGUGAAACUGAAUUAUGAUUUCAGAAAUAAACAAAUAUAAAUUCUGCCAAAUUGCAAAACUGAUAACAUUGUAAAGUUUUCUGUAUUUAACUCUGAUGGUGGUGGAUUUUAAUACGCAAAAAAAGUAGCAAAAUGUGCAUGUUAUUUUUGUACAAUAUCAGUUUUAAGGAAAGAUUGCAGAGCGUUAUUCUUUAUUUGUGGUGAGAUUGUGGAUAACAUGCUUAACUAUUAAAUUGGACUCUUGGCUGCUCUAUUUUGAAGAUGGAACAAGACCCAGUUACACGUGUCAGAAAGUUCUUCUGGGCUUUGUUCAUUAUUCAGUUGUAGGGCAACAGUUUGCUGAUUGUCACUGAACUUGUGCUUUUCACCUUGGUAAUUGUGCCCCCCCCCCCCCCACCCCCAACCAAAGUCCAACCAAAUUUAUGGGACUGUUGAGAUUGGAGUGUUUUUGUUUCCGUUUUCCAGCUUUCUAUGUAACAAAUUAAACUAAGGAAGCUAUCCUAAAGCUGUCCCCUUUUUCCAAGUUUAUUUCUGUGGAUGCAAGACAAUCGCAGACCAAGUCUGCUGGUUUGUUGACUGAACACAUUGUUUUGGUUUGGUGAAGGAUAUUCAUUUUCACCACCCUGCCCUUCAUAGGCCCUAGGUGCUAGACUUUGCCCAUCUCACUGAAACGCUUCUGUGAAUUGUUUGAUGUGCAUCAAUCUCUUUGUCAUAAAGUCUUGUAACAUGACAUUGUUGAGAAUGUUUUCUGACUCUUAAAUGAUUUCACUAGGCUUGAGUAAUUAUUUUGGCAGUCUCUUUAUGUAAUUGAGAUCAAACGCAGGAUACCUUUUUGAAUGUCUUGGAUUGUCUGAUGGAAAUGUUUCAAUGCUGUUUGGAAACAUGAUGUGUGUUUUGUAUAAUACAUGUUUCUCUGGUGAGCUUGGUUUUUCUUGCAUGUGGUAAAGCAACCCAAAGGCAAGACAUCUCCUGGACCUGAGACAUGUUUGAGAAAUCUUUGUUUCCGCAGCCGACAGUCUCAUCGCUGUUUUAACCUUUUUUGAUUUGUUAGCAUCACAUUGAACAAUGCAGUGGAUCACCAACCAACUUGCCCGGCCUUUUGCAAAUAGUGAAGCACAUGCCGCCCCCUUUGAAAUCUCCUAUUUGAUUGAUUUGUGCUAAUUAUUUGAAACUUUUAAAACACGAUGUAAUGCUUUGAAGAGAGCAUGUGACACAUUUGGUCUUUAUGUUCUGACAAAUGACUAAAUGAGAGGUGGUGGGUAGAAGGCAAAGGCACUUGAUCUAUUUCAGACACUGAAGCCAUCACAAUGCUUUUUAAAAAAUGUAUUUUUGUUUCCCAUAUAAAACUGUCUUUAAUUCUCUUCUAUCAGUUAAACAGUAUCAACUGCUCUGUGCUAAUUUUGAGUUUUUCUCCUGUGUUUGCCUUCUAUUUUCAUCAAGUUUCCACGCACUCUUCAUUCAAACAUAACACUUUUUACAUCUGAGAUGUUUUGCGUUCAUAUUUUCUAAUUGUAUUUUCAAAAAAAGCAAAAAAGCAAAAACAGAACAUUAAUCUUUUCCUCAUGACCUGGGUACAGUGAUUGUGUAGUCUAUUGUACCUUUUGGGAAACAAUACUGUAUAUCCUUGCCUUUGACAGUCUUAACUAUCUUACCCUCUGGAGAACUUGACAGAUACCCUUAGAACACAAUGAGUAUGUUAAAAAAAUAUACAUAAAGUAAUAUUUUGCAAAAUGUAUCAUUCCAAUAAACUUUUACUUGUUAAGACUAA